AUGUCUCAAGAAAAAAGAACAUCAGCAGACUUUUUUAAAUAGGUUUUUGGAAGAACAGUGAAUGUGAAAUUACAUAAUAGAACAGAAUAUAUUGGAGUUUUAGCUGCAUUAGAUGGAAACAUGAAUCUUGUGUUGGAAUAAUGGUAAUUUGUAAGAUGAUUAAAAUAUAGUGAAGAAUAUUUGGAAUAGAAGCUAAUCAACAAAUAUGGAUAAAUAUUAUUGAGAGGAAAUAAUGUGCUUUAUAUUAGUGCUAAAUUUAAUCAAAAAUAAUCACAGGAGGAAGAAGUUUGA